GGGCGCUUCCGCGUUCGCGAACGCUCCCGGCCUGAGUCGGCAGGGGGGAGGGGGCGAGGGCGACUGACCGCCGUCUCACCCGCAUCGCAACCCACCCGGUCCGACUCAUCUGCGGUCGCCCGUCCGCCGCCUCCCAGGGGACCCGAUGGCCUCGGAGGGUCUGGCCCGGGCGCUGGCGGCGGUGUUGGGGGGCCAGGGGCUGCCUGUGCACAGCUGUGACUCGGAGCCGGCCGAGGAGCCGCCAGCGCCGGUCCGGCUGCGGAAGAACGUCUGCUACGUGGUGCUGGCCGUGUUCCUCAACGAGCAGGAUGAGGUGCUACUGAUCCAGGAGGCCAAGAAAGAGUGCCAUGGGUCCUGGUACCUACCCGCGGGGAGAAUGGAGCCUGGGGAGACCAUCGUUGAGGCACUGCAGCGGGAGGUGAAGGAGGAGGCUGGGCUGCACUGUGAGCCUCUGACAUUGCUGUCUGUGGAGGAGCGGGGCCCCUCCUGGAUCCGCUUUGUGUUCCUCGCUCAAGCCACAGGUGGAAUUCUCAAGACUCCCAAGGAGGCAGAUGCGGAGUCCCUGCAGGCUGGCUGGUACCCACGGACCUCCCUGCCCACUCCGCUGCGAGCCCAGGAUAUUCUGCACCUGGUGGAGCUAGCUGCCCAGCACCGCCAGCAAGCCAGGCACCCUCUUAUUCUGCCCCAGGAGCUUCCCUGCAGUCUGGUCUGCCAGCGGCUCAUAGCCACCUUUACCAGCGUCCAGACAGUGUGGGUGCUGGUGGGCACAGUGGGGAUGCCUCACUUGCCCAUCACUGCCUGUGGCUUCACUCCCAUGGAGCAGAGGGGUGGCAUCAAGAUGGCCAUCCUGCGGCUGCUACAGGAGUGUUUGACCCUUCACCACUUGGUGGUGGAGACCAAGGGGUUGCUUGGACUGCAGCACCUGGGCAAAGACCAUGCAGAUGGCAUCUGCUUGAAUGUGCUGGUGACUGUGGCUUUUCGGAACCCAGGUAUGCAGAGGGAGCCCCCAAAGGUUCGGGGGGAGAACUAUUUUUGGUGGAAGGUGAUGGAGGAAGACCUACAAAGGCAGCUCUUACAGAAGCUUCGGGAAUCCUCUGUUGUUCCAAUCAACAGAUAGAAAGGUGCCGUCUCUGUACAAGGAGCUGGGCAACUGUGCUCCCCCACCGGGCUUUGCUGCCUCUGAGGGAGGCAGGAGGUUGGCGGUCGGGGAUCUGGUUGUGUUGGGAGCAGGCAGUUCUCCUAGUUGUCCGGGGAACUUCCUUCUCCAUGGAGCUGGUCCCUACAUUGCACCGAAAGGACAGUGCCUUUAACAAGGAGCCAGAGCUCAAGGACCUAAUUGCCCCAUGGGCACAAAGAGAGCACUCCUCCCUAAGGGGAUGGAUGUGAGAACCUUCUGAACCUGAGAUGGCUACUCGUCAUCACGAACCUACUCUGUCAUCUUCCAUGCUUGCCUCAGUAAAGGCCUGCAUCGGAUUCUCAGGCACCUAAACACGGAUUGGGUACUGAGGGAGGUCAUUCCAAGGGAGUGGGCCCCUUGCUGAGUAAAUAUGUGUUACUUAC